AUGGGUUGGUUUUGGGCGGAUUCACAGUCAAAGGUGCCUGCUCCGCCGCACCCAACGACGCCUGGCGCGGCGAUUCCACCUGGAUGUCCCAUGCACGAGUCUGGCUCAUCGCCCGCCGUUCCACCUGCUGUAGUCACCCAAAAUGCCGCCGAACCUCCCAGUAACUGUCCCAUGCACAAGGCAAAGGACUCGCCUUUCGCUGCAGUCACUGGCGCAAAGCCCUCGUCCAACUCACCCGCUCCGUCGGAGCCCGCUGCUCCCCAACAGUCCACCCUGUCCAAAUUGAACCCGCUGAACUACAUGUUCGCUUCCAUCUCGCAGGAGCGUGCGCCCCAGCAGACCGUAGAUCUCUCGGUCGAUCGAGAGACUUCGUCUAUCCCGCGAGGAGAUUCCCAGGGUAAUUGGGAGUAUCCCUCUGCGCAACAGAUGUACAAUGCCAUGCUGCGCAAGGGGUACACCGAUACGCCCCAGGAUGCCGUCGAGUCCAUGGUUGCAGUGCACAACUUCUUGAACGAAGGUGCAUGGAACGAGAUUGUGGGCUGGGAACGCACCUUCGCCAAGGGUCUUGGAGCAGGAUGGGAGCGAUGCCGACGCGGCGAGGAGAAUCUGGGAUAUCAGCUCAUGAAGGAGGAAAUGACGGGGCAAAUCGAUCAGGCGAGCGAGCCUCGAUUGAUCCGUUUCCAGGGUCGACCAAAGGAGUUGACUCCUAAGGCUCGUAUUCUUCAGACCCUGGGAUGGGUAUAUCCAUCCAAGUUUGAGACCACUCCUCCCUUCGACCGCCACGACUGGUUCGUUCAGCGUCAGACUCCCUCCGGUCCCAAGGAGGUUCGCUACGUGAUCGAUUACUAUUCGGGUGACCCUGAGCCCAGUGGCCAGCCCGUCUUCUACCUUGAUAUUCGUCCUGCCCUCGACUCUCCCACCGCUGCGGUGGAGCGACUGAUGCGAUGGGGAGGCGACGUCUGGUGGCGAGCCAGUGGCGGUGCCGCUCGUGAACCUGGUCCCAGUCAUGGCCAUUGA